AUGGCUAGCCUCAUUGCUCCUGCCAGCCAUGUUCCUAAUGAAGAUGCUGAAGUUCUCUUGAAGGCUUGUAAAGGCUGGGGGACUAAUGAGAAGGCUCUAAUUUCAAUACUGGGUCAUAGAAAUGCAGCUCAAAGGAAGCAAAUCAGGCUAGCUUAUGCAGAAUUGUUUCAAGAAGAUCUUGUCAAGCGUCUCGAGUCUGAGCUCUCUGGAGACUUUGAGAAAGCUGUGUAUCGAUUGCUGUUGGAUCCAGAAGAUAGAGAUGCGGUGUUAGCAAAUGUGGCCAUCAGGAAAUCUGGAGAUUACCAUGUAAUUGUUGAAAUUGCCUGUGUCCUAUCUUCAGAGGAGCUCUUGGCUGUGAGGAGGGCUUACAAGGCUCGCUACAAGCAUUCCUUGGAAGAAGAUCUUGCGGCCCAUACCUCCGGUGAUACCAGGAAGCUCUUGGUUGGAUUAGUGACCGCAUUUAGGUAUGAAGGUGAUGAAAUAAAUGUAAGAUUGGCUAAUUCAGAAGCUGAUAUUCUUCGUGAUGCAAUCAAAGACAAGGCAUUUAAUCAUGAAGAAGUCAUUAGGAUCGUGACUACCAGGAGCAAAGCACAGCUCAUGGCAACUUUCAACCGCUACAGAGAUGACCAUGGCUCUUACAUCACUAAGGAUUUACUCGAUGAGCCUGCUGAUGAGUUCAAAACAGUUCUUCGUACAUCCAUUCGGUGCAUCAACAACCACAAAAAGUAUUACGAAAAGAUUUUGCGCAAUGCCAUCAGAAAGGUUGGAACUGAUGAGGAUGCGCUGACUCGUGUGAUCGUCACAAGGGCAGAGAGAGACUUGAAUGAUAUCAAGGAGCUUUACUACAAGAGAAACAGUGUGCCCCUUGAACAGGCAGUUGCCAAGGACACUUCUGGGGAUUACAAAGAUUUGCUCCUUGCUCUGCUUGGAAAGGAGGAUUAG